AUGGGGUGUGAUAUUAUUCCCAUGGGCCAAUCAGAGAACGGUGCUGACGAGGAUGAUGAUUACUCGGGGGCUUUCGACCAAUCAGAGGGCAGGGGGGUGUUUGGUGGUGGGGGAGAGAGGGAAGGGGAGGGGGGAGGGGAAAGCGCAGAGGGAGGGGAAGGGGAGGAGGAAGGAGAGGAGGGAGAAGAGGAGGAGGAGGAUGAAGAGGAGGAGGAUGGAGCAGUGUUAGCGCUUGAAAAGCUGAGAAGUGUAUUGGGAGGGGGCAUGGCUGUGGGCAUGGGUACGGGUAUGGGGAUGGGCCAGCAUGGAACCGAUUCACCAGUGACAGAAGUGCCAAUAUCUGUUCCUCUCGAGCUGUCCUCUGCUCCUCCCAACCGCUCCCUCCCUCCUCCUCUCGCCAUUCCCACUCAGAUAUCCCCUCAGGUGCCGGCACAGCCAUGCACACAGACACCCACACGGAUGGCAGCACAGGUUGCAGCGCAGAUAGCAGCACAAGCAGCGCCCAUGUGGGGCCCGCAGGGUCUGCUGCACUUUGUGUUCCGCAGCGCGCCUCUGCGGCAGUUUGUCCUGGCCGAGUUCCCCCCGGCACUGAGCGACAAGCGACAGCAGAAGACUCUCCUGCGGGCCUAUCAGACCAUGUACUCUUCCAUGACAGCUCAGACCCCCGUCACCGCACCGCACGCUACUGGCGGCGCCACGUCAGCAGCCUCCUCUGCCAUGUCAGCAUCCUCGUCAUCCACAGCAGCGUCAUCAUUGCUGGCUGCGAUGGAAACGGGCGGCAGCUGCCCCGUGCCGGGCGGCAUCAAGACGCAGUACAGACGAACCAAGGACUUUGUGCUGCUCUCCUGGCGAACGCCUGACUUUGAGAUCAUGGCUGCAUUCGACCCUCUCGCAACUAAGAAGCCGGCAAUCGCAGUGUGCAACGCCAUCUGUCACAUGCUGCAGCAGUUUGAGUCAGAGCUUUUUCUCCCGGGCUCGGUCAUAUUCUAA